AUGGUUCGCAUCAUCCCGACACGUCUAAAGUCCGCUUCCUCCCUCAACAACAGCCGCAGCAACAGCCCUAGGCGGUCCAACAGCAACAGCAACUCCGUCUCCAACACGGCCAAUACUUCCAGCAAUAACAACACCAGCGGCACUGGCAAGUACCAGUCGCGCACUCCCUCCAGGAUGGGUAGCGAUCUUUCCGCCAAAGACAAAGACACCGGCCUGACCUUGAAGGUCGUCAUUCUGCGUUACCUCGUCCUCACUCUUGGCGAAGCCAAAGUGGUAACCCACGAAAUCCCAAAGACUCUCAACCCAGAAUGGAACGUCGUUGAGGAAAUGCCCGUCACAUCUCCCGAGUCUCUCAUUCUCGACGUCAUCUGCUGGGACAAGGACAGGUUCGGCAAGGACUACAUGGGCGAGUUUGACGUUCCUCUGGAGGAGCUCUUCACCGCCACCAAGACAGAGCAGGAACCCAAGUGGUAUUCUCUCCGAAGCAAGCGCCCUGGCAAGAAGACGAGCGUCGUCUCCGGCGAGGUCUUCCUACAGUUCACCCUCUUCGACCGCACGAACACCGCUGCUAGCCGUGAACAGAUUUUCGAAAAGUUAUCGGCCAUUGUCCAGCAGGUUCCUGUGGGCUCCCGCAACCAGACACCACUCAUGACGCCCUCUCUCACAGCGUCGCGUGGCCCCCUGGGCGAGCCAGAGGGCGCUCGGCCGGCGCCGAUUGACCCGACUGACCUAACGCCUGAUGACGAGGAAGAUGAGGAUGACGACGAUGGCGACUCUAGCCUGUCCGACGAUGAAGAAGACUCCACCAAGCCAGAGGUCAUUGAGAAGAGGAAACGUCGUCUACGUAUCAAGGGUCUCCGAAGACGGAGGAGAAAGGGCGGCAAUCAGUUCGAGUUCAACAACAGCGGCAGCGAUGUGGUCGGAGUCAUCUACCUCGAGAUCCUAAAUAUUACCGAUCUUCCCCCGCAGCCAAGCGCCACUCGAACGACUUUUGACAUGGACCCCUUCGUCGUCGCUUCCCUGGGCAAGAAGACGUACCGGACGAAACGAGUGCGCCAUAACCUGAACCCAGUCUUCAACGAGAAGAUGGUGUUUCAGGUUCAAGGACACGAACAGUCAUAUUCAUUCAACUUCACCGUCAUUGACCACGACAAGUACUCCUCCAACGACUUUGUAGCCGAUUGCAACCUCUCCAUCAAGGAACUGAUCGACAACGCCCCCAAGGCCGAUCCUAGCACAGGUCUCUACCAGUUGCGGGAACCCGCCGAACACACGCCGGUUGCCCAGCAUCGCUCUCGGUUCCGCAAGCUCGGCGUGUCGCGAACCUCUUCUUCGCAGAGCCUUAGUAGAAUGGUCCGGCCCUCUCUCUCCAAGCAAGCUAGUGCCGCUUCGGGCAUCUCUCAGCUAGGAACCCCUUCGCCACCGCCUGCUCCGGCCCAAUCUCUGAACCCCGAGUUCUUGAGCCCUGAGCAGGCCAUCGCCGGCGCCGGCGCCGACACGGCCGAUAUUGAAAGCGACGACAUUCACUUUUUGGAUUUCCAGUUGCCCCUCAAGAUGAAAGAGGCCGACAAAUGGGAGGCCAAGCACAGCCCGACGCUGUUCGUCCGCGCUAAAUUCGUGACCUACCCGGCUCUGCGACAACAGUUCUGGCGCUCCCUGUUGCGACAGUACGACACGGAUGAGAGCGGCCGUAUCAGCAAGGUUGAGCUCACGACCAUGCUGGACACUCUCGGCUCGACACUGCGCGAGUCGACAAUUGACAGCUUCUUCCAGCGGUUCCCCCACAAGGCCAACGAUGAAUCCGGCGAGGACGUGUAUGAUUUGACAAUGGAUGAGGCUGUCAUCUGCUUGGAAGACCAACUGGAGGCUAAGAGCCGUCCACAAAUUAACCUUGCAGACAAGGUCAAGGGGGUCCUCGCCGAUGCGGACAAGGCGGGCAAGAACCUUCUUCACCUACCGACUGCAGAGGGAAAGGAGAACAACCCACAAGUCUCGGCCCAGAACCAGGGCAGCGCGGGCUUCUCCUCCGAAUCGACCAUCAUCGUCCCUGAACUCACCAAGUCGGGCGAGGAAGGAGAUAUCUUUACACAGGACGACCUCGCCGAAGACCGCAGUGGCGAGGAACACGUGGUUGAGAUCAGAGAGUGUCCCAUCUGCCAUCAGCCGCGACUUCACAAGCGCAAGGAUACCGACAUCAUCACGCACAUUGCCACGUGCGCCAGCCAGGACUGGCGCCAAGUGAACAAUUUGGUGAUGGGAGGGUUCGUUACCUCAAGCCAGGCACAACGCAAGUGGUACUCUAAGGUCCUCACCAAGAUCUCGUACGGAGGCUACAAGCUCGGUGCCAAUUCGGCCAACAUUCUCGUGCAGGAUCGGAUCACAGUUCGGAAAAUGCUGAAGAGCAUGAGCGUCAAGCAAGGCAAGAAAUUCGACGACCCUGCCUCCAAGGCGGAGAUUCCCAAGUUCAUCCAGUUCCAUCGACUAGACAUGUCGGAGGUCCUCCGGCCCCUCGAAGACUUCAAGAACUUCAAUGAGUUUUUCUACCGAGCGCUCAAGCCCGGCGCCCGCCCCUGUUCUGCUCCGGACCAUCCUGGUAUCGUUGUCUCGCCAGCCGACUGCCGUAGCGUCGUGUUCAACAGCGUGGAUCACGCCACUACCGUAUGGAUCAAGGGUCGCGAGUUUUCCGUCAAGAGACUCCUGGGCGACGCGUAUCCAGAGGAUGCGAAGCGGUACGAAAACGGCGCGCUGGGCAUUUUCCGUCUUGCGCCACAGGACUACCACCGCUUCCACAUCCCUGUAGACGGACGAUUGGACAAGCCGAAGCUGAUUGCGGGCGAAUACUAUACGGUCAACCCCAUGGCCAUUCGUUCGGCCCUCGACGUGUAUGGCGAGAAUGUGCGAGUUGUCUGCCCCAUUGACAGUCUCAAGCACGGCCGCGUCAUGGUCAUCUGUGUCGGAGCCAUGAUGGUGGGCAGCACGGUGAUUACGCGCAACGAAGGCGACGAGGUCAAGCGCGCAGAAGAGCUCGGUUACUUCAAGUUUGGCGGCAGCACCAUUGUGCUUCUCUUUGAGGAGGGCAAGAUGCGAUUCGACGACGAUCUGACGGACAACUCGGCUGGCGCGCUCGAGACCUUGGUUCGCGCGGGCAUGUCCAUCGGUCACUCGCCCGACGAGGCGCAGUGGACUCCUGAUAUGCGCAAGAAUGACGAGGACAUCACGGAUGCCGAGAAGAAGGAGGCUAAGCGGCGCAUCCAAGGCAGCAUGGGAGAGGAAUCAUCGAGCGGAGAUGAGACGCCGGCGGCACGGCCGGACGUGCAGACAAUUGCGGCGUCCACAAUGUAG